UGUGAGACCUUAAAUUUGCAAGCAGAAGGUAUCCGUCGACUAGAAGUUCUCGAUUAUCGAGUUUUAUCUAGUUUAGCCAACGUGGGAUGGACCGAACGGGUUAGUAUUCUGGAGAUAAGCCGUUGUGUGCCUUUUCUGCUCAUUCUAGAGGCUCGAGCUCGUGCAACCGAUGUGCUACCAUCCACAAUGCCCCACGACAUGGCACUAACCGCUCAGUCUGUUCCAAAUCCCUACUACGAAGUACUUUUCGCAUUUCACAUUCGACGUGCCAACUAUCGGGCCGCAGCAAUGACCAUGUUUGAGUAUGCCUAUCGCCUGGCGGAAGAAACCAACUGUUCUAUGCCGGGCCAAUUGUCCGCUGGCGGGUUUCGUGCUGGCGGUGCACGGCUGCUCUACGGUCUGCAACGACAAGCUGUUGGUCUUCUGGCGGCUAUCAAUGCCCUUUAUAUUGUCCCGGUUGAACACCAAUGGUUGGUCAGACCCGGCAGUGGCAAUCUGGAUAUUCGUAAUCAAGAUAUAACUGUCUCAUCCGGUGGUGAUUUUGAAGCUGUUCGCGUUUCCGAGGCAUUUCGACUCGAUUUCCGCCCGAUUGUGGUCGCCGUCACCUCUCGCUGCGCAGAUCUUGCACAAUACAUUCAAGGUCAUGCCUAUUCCGUUUUAGGACAUCCACCAACGUUGUCUGGUCUAUCCGGUCUUCCUUCGGCUCUGGAUUACGAAUCGGAUUUGGUGGUACAAACGUUGAAUAGCCUGACCAGUAGCAAGGCACACGUACCAGUUACUGAGGACCGGAUCGCGCCAAUCACUUCGACCAAUGCAGGAAGCGUUCCUCAUGCCUUGAGUCGCUUGUACUGGAGCUUGCUGGAACUGAUUUUGACUCGAAUGGAUCCGCCCUCUGCGUCGGAUAAUGCGACAUCAAAGCGUGGUUCACAUCAGCCGGGGCUACUACAUUUGAUCGCUUGCGAGCGUCUAUUGGAGUCUACUCCCAUCCGACUACACAUUCCAACGUGGCUGAUCACUCGACUGCAGUCCACACAUUUCCAGACAAGUCGCCCGGUGCAGUUGCUGCGUCUCUAUUGGCGAUUUGAUCGGGUUGAAGAUGCGUACAAUCUUACCAUGGAUAUGCUGACCGCAGCCACCGGUCGUGACCUUGCAGACCCCGCCGCAUUUGGACUGCAGGCUUCCUUGCCGAAGACCGUUGUCUAUGAUAAGCAGCAAUCACAGAGGACUGUCUGGAUCCCGCAUAACUUGAUCGUCAACCUGUUAGAAGCGUUGAGUAUUUUAUCCGCGGAUUACCCGGCUUGCAAGAUCCAUCCGACGCGCACACACAUUGCCGAAAAGAACAAGAUACACGAUCGUGAUUUCGGGUUGUUCUGCUAUCCCGCCUCGAUUCUGUCGGAUAAACGUGUUUUAAUGGCACGGGCGGAUGAUCCGCGCUUGGGUCAAUUGUUCAUUUCUUUUGAUACAUGGAAACAACAAAAGACUUCCAAUUCCAGGCCAGCAAUUGCCCUCAUUCGUGUGCCCAGUGAUGAAGGAGUCCGACGGAACGGAGGUCGUCCGGGAGCAUGUGAAGGACCUGCCGUUCUAAUGGAUUUGCUACCACGACUUGGGACUGUGAAGAAUUGUGAAUGGAAUAUCGAUUUAAAGGCCUCCGGUGAGUUUUGGCCCUGCUUUUUACCAUCAGAAUAA